UGAAGAUGGGCAAAUAAAAAUUUGGUCCAAGAGUGGAAUGCUAAGAUCCACAUUAGUACAACAAGGAACACCAAUAUAUUCAGUAGCAUGGGGUCCAGAUUCUGAAAAAAUUAUUUACACAUCAGGAAAACAACUGAUUAUCAAACCACUUCAGCCAAAUGCUAAAGUUUUACAGUGGAAAGCUCAUGAUGGAAUUAUUCUAAAAGUUGAUUGGAAUGCUGUCAAUGACCUUAUUUUGUCAGCUGGGGAAGACUGUAAAUAUAAGGUUUGGGAUAGCUAUGGUCGUUUGCUGUAUAGCUCAGUGUCACAUGAAUAUCCCAUCACUUCUGUUGCUUGGGCUUUGGAUGGGGAAUUAUUUGCUGUUGGAUCCUUUCACACUUUACGACUUUGUGAUAAAACAGGGUGGUCCUAUGCUUUAGAGAAACCAAACACUGGCAGCAUAUUCAAUAUUGCUUGGUCUACUGAUGGUACACAAUUAGCUGGGGCGUGUGGAAACGGACAUGUGAUUUUUGCUCAUGUUGUGGAACAGCGCUGGGUAUGGAAAAACUUUGGAAUAACAUUAACUAAGAGAAGAACCAUGGAGGUUCGUAACGUACUUAAUGAUGCAGUGGAUUUGCUGGAAUUUCGUGACAGAGUCAUUAAAGCAUCUUUGAAUUUUGGUUAUUUAGUAGUUUCAACAUCUCUUCAGUGUUAUAUAUUCUCAGUUAAAAACUGGAAUACACCUUUAAUCUUUGACCUCAAAGAAGGAACUGUCAGUUUAAUUUUACAAGCAGAAAGGCAUUUUGUUCUUGUUGAUGGUGGAGGAGUCUACUUAUAUUCCUAUGAGGGACGUUUAAUUUCCUCUCCAAAGUUUCCAGGCAUGAGAACUGACAUACUGAAUGGCCAAACUGUAUCCUUGAGUAGUGAUACUUUAGCUAUAAGGGACAAAUCUGAUGAAAAAGUUAUUGAUCUGUUUGAACCUUUAUCUGGCAAACCAUUAGGAGAUGGAAAACCCCUUAGUCAUAAGACAGAAAUAGUGGAAAUUGCCUUAGAUCAGAAGGGUCUUACGAAUGAAAGGAAAAUUGCUUUUAUUGACAAAAAUAGAGAUCUUUAUAUAACCUCUGUGAAAAGAUUUGGAAAAGAACAGAAAAUUAUCAAAAUAGGAACAAUGGUGCAUACUCUGGCAUGGAAUGACACAUGCAACAUACUAUGUGGUCUGCAGGAUACACGUUUCACAGUCUGGUACUACCCCAAUGUAGUGUAUGUAGACAAGGAUCUCUUGCCAAAAACUCUCUAUGAAAAGGAUGCAAGUGAAUUUAGUAAAAGUCCCCAGAUCUUAAGUUUUGUUGGCAAUCAGGUAACAAUCAGAAGAGCCGAUGGCUCACUUAUUCACAUUAGUAUUUCACCAUACCCAGCUAUUCUUCAUGAAUAUGUGAACAAUUUGAAAUGGGAAGAUGCCAUCAGAUUAUGUCGUUUUGUCAAGGAUCAAACAUUAUGGGCUUGUUUAGCUGCUAUGGCAAUCGCCAAUAAAGAUAUGAACACAGCAGAAAUAGCCUAUGCAUCAAUUGGUGAGAUUGAUAAAGUUCAGUAUAUCAGUUCCAUCAAAGAUCUUCCAUCAAAAGAAUCAAGAAUGGCUCAUAUUCUGCUUUUUAGUGGAAAUGUCCAGGAUGCUGAAACUUUGCUUCUGCAAGCUGGGCUUAUUUACCAGGCGAUUCAAGUUAAUAUUAAUCUAUACAACUGGGAAAGAGCACUAGAACUUGCUGUGAAACACAAGACGCACGUUGACACAGUGCUGGCUUACCGACAAAAGUUCUUGGAUGACUUCAGUAAAAAAGAAACGAAUCAGCGAUUUUUGCAAUAUGCAGAAGGGCUUGAUGUUAACUGGGAAAAAAUCAAAGCUAAAAUUGAAUUGGAAAUUGCAAAAGAACGAGAACGAGCUACUGCUACUCCAACAGUCAGAGGAAGCAUGAUCAUUCAGCACUAAGACUUGUAUUGAUUUUAUGAAAUAUGAACUUUGUAUAUGUAAUUCAAUAUAUUAAGUUACUGAGAAUAUUUAUAUAUAAUGUUUAGUUUUUAUAGUUACUUUAGAAAAUGAAUGUGUAUGUAUGUAAUCUGCUGGAAUGAUAAAUACAUUUUUGUUAUAAUGUUCAUAUGAGUACUCUAAAUGAACACAUUUCUAAUAUUAUAUGUACUGGUACUAUUAAUGGUGCAUAUUAAAUCUGUCACAUAAAACAAAUGGUUAGCUAUUCUGAUUACUGACAGACUAUUCUUGUUCAGCAUGAAAUCUGAGAGUACAUUUGCUUAUUAUAUGUAGGAGUUUUACAAUUAGUUUUUUUUAUGAAACAUAUAGUAAGAUAUUUUCAGAAAAUAUUCUCAAUUUAAGUUAGCAUGUCCAAUCUUCUUUUGUCAAGAUCUCCCUCUUUAUUUGUUUAUUUAUAUUAUACAAUUGUACAGCAUUUAAAUAAACUAUCAUUUGGAAUGAAA